UUUCCCCCUCCAGCUUGUGGUAUCCAGUCCUCAGGUGCAACCCCCUGCGUGGUCCUCUGUGGCAGCCUUCUCUCAUUCGGAAGUAAAAAGAAAACUCAGUAGAAGACAAUGGCAAGUCCAGACUGGGGAUAUGAUGACAAAAAUGGUCCUGAACAAUGGAGCAAGCUAUAUCCCAUUGCCAAUGGAAAUAACCAGUCCCCUGUUGAUAUUAAAACCAGUGAAGCCAAACAUGACACCUCUCUGAAACCUAUUAGUGUCUCCUACAACCCAGCCACAGCCAAAGAAAUUAUCAAUGUGGGACAUUCCUUCCAUGUAAAUUUUGAGGACAAUGAUAACCGAUCAGUGCUGAAAGGUGGUCCUUUCUCCGACAGCUAUAGGCUCUUUCAGUUCCAUUUUCACUGGGGCAGUUCAAAUGAGUAUGGUUCUGAACAUACAGUGGAUGGAGUGAAAUAUUCUAGCGAGCUUCAUAUAGUUCACUGGAAUUCUGCAAAAUACUCCAGCCUUGCUGAAGCUGUCUCAAAGGCUGAUGGUUUGGCAGUUAUUGGCGUUUUGAUGAAGGUUGGUGAGGCCAACCCAAAGCUGCAGAAAGUACUUGAUGCCCUCCAUGCAAUUAAAACCAAGGGCAAACGAGCCCCGUUCACAAAUUUUGACCCCUCUACUCUCCUUCCUUCAUCCCUGGAUUUCUGGACCUACUCUGGCUCUCUGACUCAUCCUCCUCUUUAUGAGAGUGUAACCUGGAUCAUCUGUAAGGAGAGCAUCAGUGUCAGCUCAGAGCAGCUGGCACAAUUCCGCAGUCUUCUAUCAAAUGUUGAAGGUGAUAACCCUGUCCCCAUUCAGCGCAACAACCGCCCAACCCAACCUCUGAAGGGCAGAACAGUGAGAGCUUCAUUUUGAUGAGUCGGAGAAGAAACUUGUCCUUCCUCAAGAACACAGCCCUGCUUCUGACAUAAUCCAAUAAAAUAGUAAUUUUUAAGAAACAAAUGUAUUUCGAUAUUAGCAAGAUAGCACGCCUUCAAAUCAACCCGUAAAACUAAGAAACUUAAAUUUUUAGUUCUUACUGCUUAAUUCAAGUAAUAAUUAGUAAGCUAGCAAAUAGUAAUCUGUAAGCAUAAGCUUCUGCUUAAAUUCAAGUUUAGUUUGAGGAAUUCUUUAAAAUUACAACUGAGUGAUUUGUAUGUCUAUUCUUUUCAGUUUAUUUGAACUAAUAAUGUUAUCUCUUUCUAUUGUGCAUUCAGUUUCUAAAACCACUAAGUUUCUACUCCAUUUACAUUCAAAAAUCUUACUUUACUUGCAAGAGUAUUUUGCCUCAAAUGUAACAACCUAAGAGCAACUGAAGAUAAAAUACUGAGAAAUUCAUUUGCUUACUCCUGAAGACAAAAAUACAGCUGAGAUGACAACUGGAUUUAAUAUAAUUAUGCUGGCCCAA